AUGGCGUAUCCCAUGUAUGAAGUGGAUUGGAGUGUACUACCACCAGAUCAGAAUAGAAGGUUCAACCCGGCAUUUAACAUUGCCACUAUUAAGCAAGUUGUAAAUGAAGCAAUUGAACGAGUCGCGCCGGUUUCAGUGCGGAUGCAGACUCCCACUCGCCUUAGGGAUCUCAUCCGUCAAAUUCGCGCGGCAAGAACCGCCGCAGAAGAGAGGAGCGUCGUGAACAAGGAAUGCGCUUAUAUACGCUCCACGUUCAGAGAAGAGGACAGCGUAUGGAGCAGAUGUCGCAACAUAGCAAAGUUACUGUAUAUUCAUAUGCUGGGCUAUCCAGCGCACUUCGGUCAGCUGGAAUGCUUGAAGCUCAUUGCCAGUCCACGGUUUACGGACAAGAGGGUGGGCUAUUUGGGUGCGAUGCUUCUUUUGGACGAACGACAGGAUGUACACCUUCUUAUUACUAACUGUUUGAAGAAUGACCUGAACAGCAACACUCAAUUCGUCGUGGGUCUAGCGCUGUGCACACUCGGGGCUAUCGCAUCUCCAGAAAUGGCUAGAGACCUCGCAUCCGAAGUGGAACGCCUCAUCAAAUCACCGAACGCCUACAUCAAGAAAAAGGCGGCGUUAUGCGCCUUCAGGAUUAUAAGGAGAGUGCCAGAUUUGAUGGAGAUGUUCUUGCCUGCGACUAGGAGUCUACUAACCGAAAAGAAUCAUGGUGUACUUAUAACUGGUGUAACCCUCAUCACAGAAAUGUGUGAAAACAGUCCGGACACGCUGAAUCACUUUAAAAAGAUUGUACCGAAUCUGGUGCGUAUCCUGAAGAACCUUAUCCUCGCGGGUUAUUCGCCGGAGCAUGACGUCAGUGGGGUGUCUGAUCCAUUCCUCCAGGUUAAAAUUCUCCGCCUCCUCCGAAUACUGGGCAAGAACGACGCAGAAGCGUCCGAAGCAAUGAACGACAUCUUAGCCCAAGUGGCGACGAACACGGAGACGAGCAAAAAUGUCGGCAACACAAUAUUGUACGAAACUGUACUCUCUAUCAUGGAUAUUAAGUCCGAGAGUAGCUUGCGCGUGCUUGCUAUCAAUAUCCUGGGACGUUUCCUGUUGAAUAACGACAAGAACAUCAGAUACGUGGCUCUCAACACGCUCUUGAGAACGGUGCAUGUGGAUACGUCAGCUGUGCAGCGCCACAGGACUACGAUAUUGGAGUGUCUGAAGGACCCAGACGUAUCAAUAAGACGUCGGGCCAUGGAACUCUCCUUCGCUCUGAUCAACAGCCAAAACAUCCGCGCUAUGAUGAAGGAACUCCUGCUCUUCCUGGAGCGAUCUGACGCGGAGUUUAAGGCCCAUUGCUCCAGUGCUAUGGUGCUAGCUGCUGAAAGAUAUGCGCCGUCCAACAAAUGGCACUUGGACACUUUGUUCCAGGUCUUACUUAAGGCUGGUAACUACCUCCGCGACGACACAGUGUCGAACACGAUACAAAUAAUAUCAUCAGCGCCCGGGGAGAGACAGGCGUACGCGUCGCAGCGUCUGUGGAUAUCAUUGGAGAGAUCGGCUGUUUGCGGUGAUUCAACUGAGAAGCAACCGCUCAUACAGGUGGCAGCGUGGACGAUAGGCGAGUAUGGAGACAUGCUGGUGUCCGAGGCCAGCAACGCCAUAUCCAUGGUGGAUGACGACGGAGUUGAUGAAUUCGUCCGUCCGUCCGAGGAGUACGUGAUAGACAUCUACCAGAAGCUGCUCUGGUCCACUCAGUUGUCCAUCACGACCAAGGAGUUCUUGCUGCUCUCGCUGGCCAAGCUUUCUACGCGUUUCACCACUCAACCUAGCCAAGACAAAAUAAGAGUAAUAAUUGACACAUUCGGAUCCCACAUCCACAUUGAGCUGCAGCAGAGGGGCGUCGAGUUAUCUCAGCUUUUCAGACAAUACGCCAAUCUCCGGCCGGCACUCCUCGAGCGAAUGCCACCCAUGGAGCCGGUCACUACAGUGGAGAGAGAAGACAGCGACACAGAAACCGAACCCGCUACCAUUGUUCAACAGAACUCGCUGCCUGAGCAGGAUGCUCUACUCGACCUUAUAAUUGGUUCUGAGCCCUUGUCAAACGGAGACGUGGAACAUGCUGCACCGGCGGUUGCCAACAAUAACACCACUACAAAUGAUAUAUUAGAUCUUCUCAGCGGUCUAGACCUCAGCACACCAAGCGCUCAGCCGCCACCGCUGAGUGCGCCCAUGAGCAGUGUCUUCACUACACCCAUGAGCGUCGCCAAUAACAAUGUUUCGCCGGCGUUGUUGGAUGGUCUCUUCACAUCAGCCGCUCCUAUGCCUCAGAUGCAGGCACCAGAAACUGUAGUGACAGCCUUGGAACGCAACGGCUUACGCGUGGAGCUGCACGUGCAGCGUGGAGGCGAAACAGCAACGAUCACAAUGAAGGCUCACUCUUCAGCAAACAGUGCCAUGAGCGAGUUCCUCUUCCAAGCAGCUGUUCCUAGGACUUUCCGAUUGGACAUGAUGUCUCCCUCGGGCAGCGUUCUGACUCCCCAAGGAGAAAUCACGCAGCUACUGAAGAUCACUAACCCUUCAAAGACACCUCUGCGUCUCCGAAUAAGAAUAUCGUACACAAUAGAUGGCAACCCCGUGCUUGAGCAGGCGGAAGUCAACAACUUCCCUCCGGACCUUUUCAACUGA